AUGGCCAUGAUUCCUUUGUUAUCGGUCGCGCCGCAAGCCGUGAUGGACCAGAUCAAGAGCAGUCUUCCUAUGGACUCUGAUCGGUUCAAGGAUGCUGUUCCACUUCCAGACUCCAAAGAACCCGGCUACUCGGCUGUUUACAGAAACAAGGGUGCUGUUAACGGCUUGAUCAACUUGCCUCAUCCUGCCCUUACCACCUUGUAUGAGACGUACGAGACCUCGGCGUCUGUCUACGCUAACCGAAACGCCAUUGGCGUUAGAAGAAAGCUUGAAGACGGCCUGUUUGGACCUUAUGAAUGGGAGACGUACAGCCAGAUCUCUGAAAGAAAGAGAAACUUUGGCUCGGGUCUUCUUUUCUCCUUGAAGAAUAACCCUUACAAGACCCUGUCACCAGCUCACCAGAAGAUUGAUAAGCAUGAGGAGAUUGCCUCCAAAACUGAAAUGUCCUUCAUUCUUACUCAGUUUUCUCAUAAUAGAAAGGAAUGGCUUAUUUCCGAUUUGGCUUGUAUUAAUUACUCCAUCACUAACACGUGCUUGUAUGAUACUUUGGGCCCGGAGACAUCCCACUACAUCUUGUCAUUGACUGAAUCCCCUGUCGUGGUUUGCUCUAGCGACAAACUCGAGCGCUUGAUUAACCUCAAGAGAGACCAUCCUAAUGAUUUGAGCAAUUUGAUUUCCCUUAUUUCAAUGGACCCUCUUGAACCUACUGAGGCUCGCGAGCUCAAGAGAAAGGCAAUCGGCCAGAACAUUGAGUUAAGUGAAUUAGCCGACAUUGAACAGAUUGGUAAAGCUCACAAGAAGGCUGAUAUCCCUCCUUCUCCGCUGACUGUCUAUACCAUCUCCUUUACCUCUGGCACUACUUCCAAUCCAAAAGGUGUGGUUCUCACUAACAGAAACGCUGUCUCUGCAUUGACUUUCUGUUUGUCAAGUGCAAAGACCAGAAACACCAACCCAAGAGGCUACAGCUUCUUGCCACUUGCUCACAUUUUUGAGAGAAUGACUAACCAAGCUGCUCUUAUGUUAGGUGCGGAGACUGGUAUGCCUCAGUCGCCAUCUCCCUUGACUCUUCUCGAUGAUGUGUUGCAAUUGAAGCCUAACGCCUUAAAUUUGGUACCUCGUGUGCUUACUAAAUUGGAGGCUGCACUCAAGGCCCAAACCAUUAGAAAUGAAGACAAACCAAUGUUGCAGCGUUUGUUCACAAAUGCAAUUAACACUAAGAUGGAGAAGCAGGCAAUCGAAGAUGGAGCGGCUGGUACCCACAUCUUGUAUGAUCGUUUGAUCGGGAUACUUCGUAAGAAGAUUGGGUUUCAAAACGUGAAUAACAUCGCAACUGGUUCAGCUCCUAUCUCCCCCGAGACCGUUAAGUUCUUGAAGGCUGCUUUGAAUACUGGUGUUUCCCAAGGUUAUGGUCUCACUGAGUCAUUUGCUGGUGUCAGUAGUUCCUUGCAGUUUGAAGCAAAGCCUGGCUCUUGUGGUGCUAUCUGUAUUACUACAGAAAUGAGAUUGAAAGAUCUUCCAGAGAUGAACUACACUGCUGAUGAUAGCAUUGGUCCCAGAGGUGAAUUGUUGUUGAGAGGCCCUCAGAUCUUCUCUUGCUACUACAAAAACCCCGAGGAAACGAAGAAGGCUCUUGAUGAAAAUGGCUGGUUCCAUACAGGCGAUGUUGCCAGAGUAGACCCUACAAAUGGUCGUAUUUAUAUCAUUGACAGAGUGAAGAAUUUCUUUAAGUUGGCUCAGGGUGAAUACAUUACUCCAGAAAAGAUUGAGAACACUUAUCUUUCCUGCUACCCAUUGACGACACUGUUCUAUGCACAUGGAGACUCAUUAAAGACAUAUUUAGUGGGUAUUGUCGGAGUUGACCCAGUUUCAAUCAAGCCUUGGUUGGGUUCGAGGUUUGGCUACAAGGAAGCAGACCUUGAAGACAUUUCGAAAUUGGUGAAAAUCUUGAAUCAAAGAGACGUCAAGACUAAGUUUUUAAUCGAAGCCAAUGGGUCAGUUUCUGAGUUAUUGCAUGGCUUGGAAAAGUUGCACAAUGUCGAAUUGGGUAUUGAUCCGUUGAAGGUUGAGGAUGGCGUCGUGACCCCUACUUUCAAGAUCAAGAGAGCCAACUGCGCCAGUUUCUUUAAGGAGAGACUCGAGAAGCUUUACGAAGAAGGAUCUUUGAUUAAAAAUGAAAAAUUAUAA